AUGAGGUAUCAGAGGUUGGAAGAACGUCUGAAAGCUGUUGAAGGGAAGGGCCUGCUUGGCAUGGAUAUGAUGGACCUAGGACUGGUUCCCGGGGUGAGGAUUCCCCCAAAGUUCAAGGUGCCCGUUUUUGACAAGUACAUUGGAGCUACUUGUCCAAAAACACAUGAGAAUGCCUAUUAUAGGAAGAUGUCUGCAUAUUCGGACGAUGAGAAGUUGCUCAUGCACUUCUUCCAAGACAGCCUAUUUGGGGCAUCUUUGGAGUGGUACAUAAAGCUUGAAAGAAUGUAUAUUCGGACUUGGAUAGAUUUGGUAAAGGCUUUUGUUAAGCAUUACCAAUACAAUGUUGACAUGGAUCCUAAUCACACUCAGUUGCAGAGCCUCUCACAGGGGCAGAAUGAAUCGUUUAAGGAGUACGCCCAGAAGUGGCGGGAACUCGUAGCACGUGUUCAUCCUCCCAUGUCGGAGAUAGAAUUGGUUGACCUAUUUAUGGGUACGCUGCAAGGUGUCUAUUAUGAUCGUAUGGUUGGCAGUACGCCAGUAGGGUUCUCUAAGCUUGUGAUGGCAGGAGAAAGAAUUGAGAUCAGAGUGAAGUUAGGAAAACUCCAAAUGGGUAAUGUUGGCAAUGCUCUGGGAGGAGCUGGAAAAAAGCCAUUCUUGGGGUAUCCUAAAAAGAAAGAAGAAACCAACGCAGUUUACGGACAUAGAAGUGGAAGAGGUAGAUGUCGUCAACACGAUCAACCUCAGGUUAAUGUUGUCACAAUCCCCGUUUCUCAGGCCCAGCCUGUGCCUGCUCCGCAGCAAAAUGCGUUGCGCUGCGAAUAUCAAUAA